AUGCAUGAAACAAAUCUAUGGAGUAGCAUUGAAUUUGAGUUCGUUGUAAAGGUUGACAUAAUGACUGUGGAGACUAAGAAAAAGGAUGAGAUUAUGAGAGAUCCUUUAGCCCUUAGAGACAGUGAAGAGUAUUAUAAAAGGAUAGAGAAAACUUGGAAGAGGGGCUACCUUCUGUAUGAAGAAAAAAACGAAGAGGACAAAGAAGACAAAUCCAACGAAGAAGCUUCUGACCUAGAGGAAGAAAUCAGAGUUGAUAAAGCCUCUGAGUGGAUAGAUUCUUCGGUUAAAUUAUUGAAACGUGACCAUGCGUAUCUAGCCACAGGGCAGAACAAUGAUGUUAAACAGAAUGAUCCAAAGAAGAAGAGCAGCAAGAAGGUGAAGCGGAUCGUAGAAGAAGUAAAUAUCAAUAACUCUAAUGCUGUUUCAAAUUUCAGAAUCUCGGAUCCAUUGAGGGAAAAGUUUAAGGAGAAGGGUAUUGAAGUUCUUUUUAGAUUUCAAGCCAUGACUUUUGAUAUGGUUCUUGAUGAUGCUGAUAUUGCUGGAAGGGUUCGUACUGGUCAGGAUAAAACACUAGCGUUUGUGUUACCUAUAAUGGAGUUUUUUAUCAAUAGACCUGCAAAGAAAAAAAGGAAGCAAAAGGAUACUAAGAGUGUUGAGAUUAUCUUCGAAGGUUAUUUGAAGCAAGAGAGCCUACAAAAAGAGCUGAAGCGGGCGAGCCUGAAGUUAACUUCACAAGCCAGAGAGAUUAAAGAGUUAAAACAUAAGCUUUGGGAAAGAUACGAGAAACUUCCUGAUAUGCAGUCGUACUUUCACUUCAGAGAAGGAGAGACGGAUCGAACGCGUGUUGAGUUUUCAAUCAAAACCAAGAAGGUUUUCAUGGUGGUUUCUGAAUUUGAAAACAAACCACAGCUAUUGAGCCAAGCUAACGAGAUCAUUAAGAGACAAGCAUAUGAUAUAAAUACACUUCAGAGAGCACUGAUCAAGGAGAAGGAAGAAGAGAUAGAAUUUUAUAUCGUGGCAGAGUCCAUUAAUUGUCAAAAGGAUACUUUCUCAAUGUAUCUCAGAGGCGAACUUGAUAACAUCCAGGAGGAAAUGGAUGCAUUAAGGGAUCUGCACAGAUGGAAGCUCGACGACAACGGUGUCGAGAAUCUCCUUAACAAGAUGAAGAGGCGUGAGGUCAACGCCCAGUCAACGAGUCGUUCUGAGUCAACUCAGUUGCAGAUCUUCGUGAGGAUGAUUUAUGGAGGGAAAACAAUAGUGAUCUACACCAACAAGAACAACACAGUGGAGCAGCUCCACCACAGAAUCGAGCCAAAGGUAAAGGUUCCAGUGAAGGAGCAGCUUGUUAUCUACAAAGGAGAACGCCGCGAUAUCAUGUACGCAGUCUCUCGAAUGCUCAGGGGCGAUUGGAUUUGUCCUCGUAACAAGCUUUAUGUGUCGUAUCGGAACAUCUUGGGAUCUUUGCUGGACCUAUUUUUGGGUAUUGAGACGCAGAAAAGAGAGCUUAGCGUACAUGGAUGCACAAGGAACAGUAUCAAUGAUCUUGUAAGCAUCGUGAGGGACCUGAAGUAUGCGAGAAGCUUUGAAACAGAUACAGAUGUUAAAAAACGAGAUAAGAUCAUUGAGAAACUUUAUGCUGAGAUAGAAGUUUUGAAGAUGGCAAAGUCUCAUCCCCACGGAUCUGCUGACCAGUUGUGCAACAAAGCCAUAGAACUGCAGGAACAGUUAGAGGAAGCCAACAUGAUGAAGAGAUCUGGCUCGGACUCUCUGGUUUCUUUGACGAAACAGCUAGAAGGAAGAAGUAAAAGAUUGCACGCUGUGGUGUCUGAGAUGACUGAACUCAAAGAUAAGGCAAAGUUAAUGGCGAUGGCGGGGCUUAGGCAAAGCGAAGAUCUUUAUAAAUCAGAACAACUGUUAGAGACUGCUGAAGAAUUAUUAUCUAAGGAUGAGAAAGAGGCAAUAAAAAUGAAGAGUGAGCUUGAAACUGUCAAAGAGGAGAAGAAACAGGGUGAGGAGAAGAAACAGGGUUUAAAGAAAAAUCAAAUUCUUAUGGAAGAGAAGAAUAAAAUCAGGUCGAAAGUGGAAGAGGAGAAGAGCGAGAUAUCUAUGCAGAUUUUAGCUUCAGCGUUACACCAAGCGUCGAGUGAAUCACGCGUGUUGAAAGAAGAGUUGUUGAGCCUAGGUGGUCAGGAUUACGAGAUGCAAGUAGAACAUUACAAGAACAGGAUUGAAGUCACGCAAGUCAGUGAGGUGAAACAAAUCAAGAUGAGAGAGACUGGUCUGUUUAAUCACGUGAAGAAGUUUGAUGAAGAAGUUUGUAAAAUGAGAAGAGAAACAAACAGGUUAGGUAAUUUGGUGAAAAGGGCCCAUGAAGAAACUGAUGGAGCAUUGAAGAAAGAGUCUCUGUUGAGAGAUGAUCUCAAAGAAGUGGAAGAUGAUGUGAUUUGUCUUCAGGAAGCUCUCAGAGAAGCAAGAGCUGAAAGCUUGAAAUUGAAUUCGAAAAUGCUGGACAAAGAAACUGAGUUUAAAAGCAUUCUUCAUGAUAAUGAUUUGCUUAGAGUAAAAGAGAAUGAUGACAAGAGCAAGAGAGCGACAGGACAUAUCUUUUAUGUUGGUGAAAGUCUAAUUAGGUGGUGUUCGAGUAAACAAGAGAAUGUUGUGGUAUCGUCGUGUGAAACUGAAAACAUGGCAGGGAUUGAAGCCAUGAAACAUGCUAUAUUGUUUCAAGAAUUACAUCGGCUUAUACCCGAGAGUGAAAAUAGAGUCGACGUCUUGAUGAAAGAGUUUGGGAAAUUGAAGCUCAAGAAGAUGAGAGGCAUUAUCAAAAGUUUGUUUCGAAUGGAUUUCAAGCUUAAGGGGGAGAUUGUUGGAGUAAGCUUGAAGUUAGCUUGA